AUGUUGAAGAAGUGUAUUGAAGUGAUGGAAAAUGUUUAUGGCUCCUUCUCAAACGAAGUGGCGUAUACACCAAAGGCUUUAAAAUCCGGAACACAAACACGAUAUCUUUGGACAGAUGCUUUUGCCGUGUGCAAUUUCCUAACUCUCUUCAUUGAAACCAACCAAGAUAAAUAUUUGAGACAAGCCAAAGCCUUAAUCGAUGAAGUACACAACGUGUUAGGAAAGGACAGACAGUUACAACGUCGACUUGGAAAUGCGUCGGACGAUCAUCCCUUGUUGGGUGGUUUAAGAAUUGGUAAAAAGUAUAAUGAAGAUCACGAGGAUGGAGAUGGCCAAUACUUUCAUUACCUAACCAAAUGGAUGUUUGCUCUGAAUAGAAUGAGUCUGAUCACUGGAGAGGAGCUCUACAACCGAUGGGCGAUUGAAAUGGCAGAGUCCAUGCAUGAUCGUUUUAUGAAUAGAACAUCCCCACAUCAUUUGAGAAUGUACUGGAAGAUUAGUAUUGAUGGAUCAAGACCAGUGGUACGAUCAGAAGGCAACUUGGAUCCUUUCGAUGGUUACGUUACUUACAAAUUAUUAAGAAAUGUCCAUUCCUUAUUCCAUCCUAGUGAUAAAGGUGAUGUUUUGCAAAAGCAAAUUCACGAAAUGGAACGAAUGGUGAUGAAAAAGUUUAUGAAUUAUUCAAGCUACGAUCCUUUGGAUUUAGGAGAAAGCUUGUGGAUUUCUAGCUGGUUUUCAUCUGAAGAAUGGUCUCAACACAUUCAAAAAGUUGCCUUAGAAUGUCUUGAAGAGUUAUGGACCAAUGAAAACUACUUUGACAACACGAGUGGCGGAAGAAGAUAUCGAUUAGCAUUUCGUGAAUUUGGAACGUCUCUUGGACUUCAAACUAUUCCUCCCCAAACGGACGAGAAAUGGGCUCGAAGGGUUCAAAGUAUUCAUGAGGCAUGGCAAGAUCGAAUUUAUGAAAGAGAUCGAGACAUUACUCCUGUCAUGUACUGCUCUUCAAUUGUACCCGGUGUUUUUAAACCCAAUUACUGUGAACAAUAUUAUCGGAAUCACUUUGGAUCAAAAAGCGAUAUUGUGGCGAACAAUCCGUAG